AUGAAGAUUUACUCUAACUAUAUAGUACAAGGAUAUUUUGAUCAAACCAAAGAUUUCUAUUCAAAUGAUCGUCUAGUAAAUUGUCUCGUACAUAUUGUUACUCUAUUAAAAUUUCAUCCAGACACCUGUAGAUAUCAGUACAAAGGUGUAUGCUAUCGAGGAAUGAGAAUAACAGAAAAUGAUUUGAAUUCACAUCACUUAAAUCAACAUAUAUUAAAUAGAUCAUUUUUAUCUUCAUCGAUUGAUUAUAAAGUUGCCAAAAUGUUUGCUGGUGAAGAUGAACAGUGUCAAAUGCGACAUACUUCCAAUCAACGUCCAUUACAAUUUUCAUGUUUAUGUCAAUAUAAUAUUGUGCAAAAUUCAACAGCUAUCAAUGUACAAGAAUUAUCAAUGAGACUGGAUGAAAAAGAAAUUUUCAUUCUACCAUUUGCUGUUUUCAAAGUGGUGAAUCCCAAACGAAAUUAUAUUGAUGAUUCACAAGUAUCGGUAUUUCGGUAUGAAUACCGAUACCGGUGCAUACCUACCUAUUCACAAGCAGCAAUUUCAGUUGAAAUUGAAUUAGUAGAAUGUGAAGAUCCAGGAGAUACAAAGUUCAUUUAUUUCAGGACAGGCGAGAGAGCGUACAGUGAACAGUAG